AGCUUACUUCAGUAGCCCGCGAGCGCUCGUGGCGGACGCACGCACGAUGCCGCCGUGAUGAUUCGUACGCUCAUCCUCAUAUACAUCGCGUCGUUGGUUCACAGUGAAUAUAAGGGUGAUAUUGUGAAACAUGUGCGUCAUUCUAGCAGGGCCCUCAUAAGGCAUGGCCGGUCUAGGACCCACUUGACCAGACAUCGAGCCAGGGAGUUGGUGGCCCAGGACAUCGAGGCUGAGAAGAGCAGUGAGCUAGAAAGCAUCGACAAAUCUGGGGAAGACCCGAUAGUAUCCGCCCUCAGACCGUACGGCGCGGACAGCGAUGACGGCGCCAUCAAAGACUCCAACCAGUUCCAAAAGUUCUUCGGAAACUAUUCUUCCGCCCACUUCACCAAACCCUCAGACGUAACCCUGGCAGGACACUUGUUGAACCUAGAACAUAGCUACGACAAUGAUACCCAAAAGAUAGACACCCCCGAAAACGUGAAUACAGUAAUCAAUGAAACUGUAGAUGUAGAAAACAUCACAAUAUCUAGGCCUGUUCAUGAAGAUGUUGUUACUAGAUUCCUAAGGUUAAUAGAAACACAGCAUUUGCUGGGAGAAAACUGUACAGCGGGGACUGAUUUGAAUUUAGGCGAAGGAGUUGUAGAUAGAUAUGCUCAAGAAAGAUUUAGGAUAGAAGCCGACGUGGCUGUAAAUAGAGCAAACAUGCUGACCAGAUUGUGGAAAUAUGCUGGUCCGUCAGUGAUGCACAAUGAAUACUUGCUGCAUGCUAGUGUAUUUUCUAUGGUGGAGUUUGAUGAUGAUAUUUUUGCUGCGGGGAACUGCUACGAUCAGUUUCAGUAUAAGGAUUACCAGCUUUUUUGUCCCUUCGCGUACCGAUUGCCGGAGGGGCCGAUAUUGGCUAAAGACUUAGCCGUGGAGUACAAAUAUUUGAGCAACACGUCCGAGUGGUUUUACAUUGCUCGCAAAAAUGCUGAGCGUGUAAUACGCAACUACAAUCAGUUUCGCAGAGGAUUCAAUACCUACACGUUCAACGACACGGCGCACACGGCGCGCGUGCCGGACGAGAUUCUCUCCGUGACCUAUGAGGACGGGAAGUGGUCCAAGCCGUACUAUGACUGCGGCGGCGGCAACAUCUGGAUGCUGACAUACACAGUGCCUUUCUUUGGAUACAACAAUGGGACUUAUUUUUUCAAAGGGACGAGCGGUAUAGACAUAGAUCUCCGACGAGUGGACAUAGACCAGUGUCCUUUGAAGCCUGGGUCUGUGCAGCUCAACAUCUUCGCCGGCACGGACAAAUGCAAGAAGAAGACUACCGAGUGUGUUCCGGUACCCGGGCUGGGCUUCAGACGCGGGUCGUACUGGUGCGUGUGCCGGCGGGGCUUCUACUUCCCCAACACCACGGCCGACCAUAGAUACUACAACGGCAGCGAUAUUGAGGAAGAGUACGAGAAGAGCUUACUGAACCAGCGAAGUCUCUACUCUACCGAGCAUGCUUUCGAAUGCCUUCCCUGCGCCGAGGGCUGCGAGGCAUGUGUUGACGGCUCGCCGUGCGUAGCCGCCCUUAACUGGGUGGCGCGGACUACAAUCUUGGCCCUUGCCUGCUUUUUCAUCUCCUGUCUGCCGUUCAUUGUGUACUUUACCAUCAAAUAUGGACAUGUCAGGGUUGUCCGCGCUGCAAGUCCAGCUCUACUCAGAGUCAUAGUUUUGGGAGCGUUCCUCAUCUACUGCACAACCCUGGUCAUGUACGGGCGACCGACUGUGUUCACGUGCACAGCAAGGGUGUGGCUCCGAGAAGUUGGCUUCUGUCUUACUUAUGGAGCACUUAUGUUGAAAACGUGGAGAAUAUCUGUGAUCUUCCAAGUACGGUCAGCAAAGGCGGUCAAAAUAUCCGAUAUGUAUCUACUGCGGCGCAUCGGCAUCAUAGUAGGGGUAGCGUGCGUGUUGCUCGCCAUUCGUACGCUGGUGGCGCCUCCUGCCGUCAUUGUAGGCAGGACGAAGGAAGACUUGAAAGCGUAUUUGUGCAACACGGAUUGGUGGGACCACUCUUUUACAACGCUGGAGGUGAUAUUCCUUAUGUGGGGAAUCAGAUUGUGCAUCAUGGUCAGGAAAGCACCUUCGGAAUUCAACGAAAGUCGGUUCAUCUCCAUGGCCAUCUACAACGAGUUCCUGCUCUCUGUCUUCUUAAAUAUAUCUAUGCUGUUUCUCCAGUCUCCAGCCAACCCCGAUCUCCUGUACAUCAUCUUCUUCUGCCACACGCAGCUAACCGUCACGCUGCUUCUCUGCUUCAUCUUCGGGAGCAAGGCGUACAUGGUAUAUAAGGGACACGGCAAAGAUGAGCGCGAGAAGACCGGCAAGUUCAGGUCUCGUGCUGCCGAGUCUACCUACACCAUGACCACGAAUCGCAGCACGAGGUUCUGUGACAACAUGACUGAGAGGGAACUCGAGGAGGAGUUUCGAAAAAUCUGCAAUCAACUUGAGAAGCUACGGGAGCGGUGUGGCACUGGAGGCAUAUCCAGACGCAUCACAGCCAUGCAAGAUGCUUCAGCGUUACAUGAAAGGAAACCAGCCACGUCGGACCACUCUGCACCUCUCAAACUAAAUACUGUAUUCAGCGCAGUAGCUGACCGCCUUAUGUGUACGGUUACACCUGCCGAAGAAUCCAGCAGCAGUGGCAGAGAUCUACCCUUUGAAGCCCCUCCAGCUUAUAAACACAAAACGUUUAGUCCUUUGAAAGCUGUCGAUGACAGCCAAACAGAACCCAGUCACACUGACGUUACAAUAGCCACGGAUUCUCCAAAAAGAAAAACUGAACUAAACGAAGAACAGAAAGAUGACAAGCAGAACGGUGUUUUCAAAAUUUCUGGCGAACCGAACUGUAGUGAUAUAAGGCCGCCUGAGGUAGCCAGUAGGAAUGGUUUUAGUGGUAAAGGUGAGAAGAGUGAAUUGAAAUCAAGUCCUAGUAGUACAGAGACUUUGAAAGGUGUUAGAUCAGGCCACGCGCGGACACAUGCUAUCGUAAUUAAUCUUGAUGACAAAAGUCGUUUUACCGAAGAAGUCACUGUAUAAUCUUCCAUAUUUAUAGAAACGUCUCUUCUAUCAGAAGAAGUAAGCCGUGGAAAUAAUUUCAAAGACUGUACUUACGUUGAGAUAAUUUUAAUCCAGAUAGAUUGUCCAAAGAUAGAUAAGGAUUUUAUAAACGCUAGUCUUAACUGUGAUUGAGUGUUGCUAACUUUGGACCCUUCUAUGUAUUUUAGUUGGAACCUUUCAGAAAUAUAAAGUUUACAUCCUUUUCCAAGGCUCGGAACCGGUUUUUAAAAUACUGGUAAAUACCGGUUUAUUCCGGUUUUCCUCCGAGAUUUUAUAAGAACGUGAACGUUUGAAGAAAGUUAUUGUAACUUAAAAAAACAGUUUGUUCGGCGCGCGACGCAACGGCCGGUCGGCCUGGUAGUGUGCCACGUAAACAUAGACAUCGACAAAGGAAGAAACCGGUUUUCAUUGUUCUAGACCGGUUAAUUUGACAAGAACUGUUCUCAUAAAAACCGGUUAAAAAUAACGGUUUUUCGAGCGAACCUGAAAUAUAAAGGUUUUACGCCAAGUAUGUACUUAGCUACUACUUGGCUUGGGCUUGGUGGCUUGGAUUGGCAUGGUACUUUGGUUAUCAUUGUGACAAGGUUUUGGAAAUUCUACCGGUUUCGAGCCUUGCCUUGAAAAUAAACUGUUCUUAGCGGAUUGCAUAAUGGGGUCCAAUUCCAGUAAUGUAGUCAUUUUGGAUAUAUAAAAUAAUUUGAAAGCAUAUCAAGAUAAAUGUAAUAUUAUUCCAUAACUAAAAAUAUUUUCCCUUUUAAAUCUUUCAGUAAAUAUUUAAAGCUCUAUAUAAAUAAAUAAUGUAAUAUAAUGAAUCGUUUACUAAUGCGGCUCGAAAAUUAGUUUCUUAUAUUUUUGUGUUCUGCUAAGCAUUUCGGAAUAGAUCGCAUUUCUGUUUUUAUGUUAGUUUUGAUGUGUUAACUGCAUAUUGCAAAAAAACAAAAUAAUAAGUUUCAAUAUUUGUAAAGCUAAUAUUUCAUUAAAAUUUUCAUAUCCCCAUAUAUAAAGUGUAUAAAAAGGUGUCAAAAAUGUAAAUCCAAGGUUAUAUUAUAAAUAAUGUUUUCAUUUCAUAUAAAAAUAAUUCAAUUAAUAAAAUGUUGGAUUUGAUUAUGCCCUUGUGUUAAGUAUUUGGUGAAAAAUAACUAAUUAGUAGAAUCAGGCGUUACUUUGCGGAAAUCCAUGCUAAUUAAAGCAAGAAAUAUUACUUUGCUAAUCCGCGAAAAAAUAACGUGUGAAUCAAUCAGUGCUAACCCGUUAUACUUACUUGCGUAUUUUUACAUGCAAUUAAUGUUUCCACCCUCCCACCGCAAAAAUAAAAACGCAAAUAAAUAUAACAACCCACCACCAAAAGAACAAAACUCGACACGUGUUUCGCCUCUAUACGAGGCAUCCUCAGGAGAUGCUGGAGAUGUUGACGGUCUGACACCCGACAACUGAAAGGGGUCAGUUAUAUUUAUUUGCGUAUUUAUUAAAAAAAAAACGCCAAUUCCAACUGCGUAUCUAAUGCUAUUAAAAAAAGCAUUGUUUAUAUUUUCACAUUCCUGAUAUUCUAAUUUAAAUAUUACAAUGUUUUGUUCACAAACUAGACUAAUAGGUAGAUAGAUUAGCUUUGUAUCGAUGUUGACCAUUAUGGGAGUUAUGAAUGUACAUGAAUUAAUGGUUACUAAAUAAUUCCUUCAGAGCUUUAUUUUGUGUUCAAAUUAAUGUCAUAAUUGUUAGAUGCAUGUAUUAUAUGAGAUUAUAUUGUAAUUAUCCAGCCACGAAAGACAACUAGUGAAUCUAGUAAUUUGUGAAUAUAGAGAUAAGGUUUUUGACGUAUCUAAGUUGUAAAUAUUGCUGAUUUUAUCAUACGGGUUACAAUAUGAGAUAUUGUUAACAUAUGGGCAGUUUGUGCCACACACAAUCGACUAACUGAUCAUCGUUAAAUAUGGGCUUUAUCAACUUAUAGAGAAGUGCCAAACUUUUCGUACCGUCGCCAUCUGAUAUAUCGGAGCAGCCAAGGUGCUCACAAAUAUCUAAGCACGCCUCUAUUGUCAUCGCGUUAGAGUGUGUGUUCAGAGGUUUUAGAGCACCUUGGCCGCUCCGAUAUAUCUCAUGGCGAAUGUACAUGCAAAUCUGAAUGUGAUGAUUGAUUAUGUUGACAGACAGUUUGGUGAAACCGGCCCUAGAAUUGCGCAAUUAAGUUAUGUAGAAUCGUGAUUUAAGUAAGAGGAAGUUUUAUUUAAAAAAAAAUUCUUAGAUUCGUUGGGUAAAAGUCCGCGUAAUCGCUGCAAGUGCAUGCAAUGAGUUUUCUGAAGUAUUGGUAUUUACGCCCCGAUUCGAACUUUAAGAUACGUCAAAAAUUUCCUUAAGAUAAAACAUGGAUUAAAUAUGUCAGUGUCAAAAGUGACCUUUUUUGACGAAACGUCACUUUUGACAAAUAUUUAAUCCAUAUCGUAUCUUUAGCAAAUGUUUGAUGUAUCUUAAAGUUUGAAUCGGGCCGAUUAUGUAAACAAGUAAGUUCCAGAAGAGGCGGAACUGCGGAACUACAUAUAAUAUAAACUUUUACUUGUAUGA